GAUGAUCAGUUUUAAGUUUUGUAAUUAGCAAAAUUCAUAAUUGUAAUUGUUCGAUUUUGUGCGUGUAUGCGCGCACGUGUGUAUUCUGCAUGUGUUUAUAUAUAGCUGCUAUAGUAUAAAUGCCUCUAUCCAAGUUGAGACCGGCUGUAAAUCCUUUCCAUCCCAUCGCCUCUAAUCCUCUUGAAUUGUCGAUUUUUUUCCAUUGUGUGCUCAGUGUGCUCUAACAAUCUAAUCUCCAACUGACUCCAACGAGCACGCGCAAAACAAAAUUUUAGCGCGCGUGUUGUACGUGCAACCCUAACCUCACCGGUCACUCUUAGAAAAGUUGAUUUAAAGAUAGCAAAUUAAAGUUUGCAUAAGAUUGAAAAUCUAAGAUUGGAGCAAAAGAGAAGGAAGAAGAUGAAGAAAGUCUAGAUAUAAAGUUUGCGAGAUAACUCAUUUUGGAUUGUGGAAGCACUCCAAAAAAAGACUCGGAGAAUUGAUGCUCCGACACGAUAAAGGAGUAAAGUAAGAGAUUCUUGACUGAGAAUUGUCGCGAAACUAAUCCCUUUGCCGUCGUUUUCGUUGAACAGACGAAUCGGUUCACGAUGGAAUCUUGGGAGCCGUCGAGUUCGAAUUAUUCGAAUAUUUCGAAUGGGCAAGUUUUCCGAAAUAAGUUGUUCAAAGAUAAAACGCCCAUCGAGACUAAGCAGCUGCAGUUUUUCAAGAUUUAUGACGAGUACAAUGCUGUUCUCGGAGGCACCAACAUGGUCGAUCUCUGCUGGAAUGGCACCCUUUGGCACUACGGAGAUAUCUUCGAUUUUGCUCGAGAGAGAGCCAGCGUGAAGCAUCUGGAUACUGGGAUUUGCGACGGCGCUUACUUAAGCAACAAAAAAUUUGUCUGCGUGGGAGACAGUGGGGCUGUGCAGAUUUACGAGAUAAAAUUCGGCGAAAUGCAACAACUUUCGUACGCUUGUCAACACGACGACAGUAUCUUGACGGUGUCGGUGUUUUCCAAUAAGAGAAACAUUGUUACGGGAGGAAUGGAUUGUUGCUUGAAAGUCUGGGACGUGGAGGAUUUAAUCGCGACUUACUCAUACCAUUCUGCGCAUUUGGACGUUAUCACUAGUACAGAUGUAAAGCCCAACUCCAAUUCUAUAUUUGUAUCUGCUUCUUUAGAUAGCGAAUCUCUAGUAUGGGAUUUCAGAUUACAAGAACCAGCAAGUUGUAUCUUCAGGAAAAAUGAUUGUUUUUUAACGGCAAUAUCUUGGAACAAGAAGGUAGAUCAUCUCAUAGCAAUAGGUACAAACAAUGGCAGCAUUGCAUUAAUUGACACUAGGCAAACAAAAACUCCAUUAUAUGAGUCGGUAGAAUAUGAUAGGAGCAUACACAAACUGCUGUUCAAUCCAUAUUCAGAGAGGAAAGAUCAAUUAGCAUGCUGUUCUGAUAACGAAACAGUAAAAGUAUUCGAUAUCUCUAGAGAAAUGUUCACAGUGUACGAGGAUAGUAGUCAUAGCGAUUUUGUACGAGGUCUCACAUGGUUUCAAAGUGAUUUAUAUUCGUGUGCUUGGGACGCACGUGUCAUUAAACAUGUAUUAGAUAAAUAAAUAAGUAGACAAUUAAACAUAUCCUAUAAGAACAAAGCUAAUUCAAGUUAAUCAUGUAUUAAAAUUUUUUAUAGUAAAAUAAUUUUUUACUUUAUAACAAAAUAUUAAAUUUAUUGAAAUACACCUCGAUAUAAUGAACAUUUUUUCCUAAUCUCAAGAAAUUAAAAACUAUUUAUUACAUGUUAACGACGAAACAUUGCAAUACCAUAAUUUAGGAAAAACUGGGUGGUGUUAAUUUAAGGUAAAUAUUCAAGAAAUGCGCAUUCAAUUUUCAGAUCACAUCUUCGAUAUAAAGAGUGGUGAUACAAGGUAUAACAAAUUUGAAGUGCAUUUAACACAUUGGAAAACAUUCCUUUUGCAUUUAUUCAAACUUCUUGAUCAUUGCUUCAGACGUUUCUACAACAUAGUUACUCUCUGUUUGUUCAAUAUAUUCUAUUUUAUUGCAGAAAGAGAAAAAUAUUCGAAAUAUAAAGUAUUAUCGCUACAUAUAACAGUAAUGUAAAGGAGUCAAGUGUAUCAAUGUAACAGAAAUUCCUGCAGAUCCUGUGGAUCCUCGGAAAAAA